AUGCGCUGGACGUUUGUCCACCUGCUGAUGCUGCCGACACUCGUCUGUCCGUCUUGCGCUGCGGUCGAGGCGAAUGUUCCCGCCAGCUGCCCGGAGCACCAGAGGGCCUUCGGCGGCUCCUGCUACGAGUUUGUGGAUCUCCGGCAUAGUUUCGUCAGUGCACAGGCUCGGUGCGAGCAGCGCGGUGGACACCUGGCGUUCAUCCACGAUGAAGAAACUCAACAUUUCCUUCAGAGACUCUCGGACCCCGAGAAGGAUGUGUGGCUCGGACUGGCACCCGACGCCACUCUGAACUUACGACAUUAUGCAACCCCUGAAGCUCACUGCCACGGCCGGCAGGUGUGCCAGGUUGCUGCAGUGGUGGACUCCCUGGUUGAGCCGUGUCCUCAGAGCUACCUGUCUGUGGACCACCACUGCACAGACGGGCUCACGCUGUCAGUGAGCGCCGUGGCAGCUGUUUUUGACGACGUCACCAUCAGCGUGGCGUGGCUCUUACGUGAGACUCAGGGAACGCCCAGCUGCAAGAUCAGUACCGGAGACGGACGAGUUGUUUACCUGCGCAGUCCAGAGGGGUUGGAGAGCAGCGAGGUGCACAGGUAUACUCACCCGGGCACAUUUGUUGUGGCGGUCGAAUGCGGCACCGGCAGCGGCGUUCACGUGGCGGCUCAGAGCACGAUCGCCAUCCAAGAACCCAUCACGGUGUUCGGUGGCGUCCGGUGCUUCGCCGGGGGCCGCCGGUCCUUUCAGGCCAACGGCUGCCAGACCCUCCAGGGAGAGGCGCUUCUCAUUGAAAUGGCGGUGAAGGCAGGUUCAAACGUGAACUACAGAAUCCAGAGGGAUGACACGUUGUUGCUGGGUUCCUCCGUAUUUAGAGGAAAUGUUCCCGAGAACAUCUCCGUGACUCCAGAGGCGAUGCAGCGGCUCGGGCCCGGCUGCCACCGGCUGACCCUCUACGCAUCCAACAUGGUCACGGAGCGGGAGGUGUGCACACACCUGCAGGUGUGUGUGUUGGAGAGGGUAGGCGGGCUCCGGGCCUCCGUGUCUCCAGAGGGGGGGGAUCAUCUCCGCUCUCCGGGUCUGACUGUCGGUGUUUCCCUGGACCGCGGGGCGCCGGUGCUGCUCCUCUUCUCUCUGACCGGAGACAACAGCUCGCACUACGACACCAGAGAAAUGAAAACAGGCGAGGGCGUCUUUCAUCUUGCGAAUCCAAUUCAAGGACCCGUACGUGUGAAACUCAGAGCGUGGAACGACCUCUCCUCUCUGGAAGUGGAAGUGUUGGCUUUCUGUGGCGAAGAUCCGGUGAAGGAUUUCACUGCAACCUCGACCUCUUCAAUUCAGGAUGUUCAGGCUUCUGUGGAGAAUACCGUGGUUCAGCUAAAGAAGCAAGGUCUUCUGUUAGGAGAAACUGUGGGACCACUCGUCAGUUCUGUGUCCAAUAAACUGAAUGAGGAAUCGGAUGAAUUGAACAGAGACAUGAGGCAAAAGCUUCGGGAGACGCUGCUGGAGAUAUUGAUUGACACAGUAAAAGAAGCUCCGCCCAAAACUCCAGAAGUAGUUCACGUGAUAGCCAAAGCUCUUGCUGCUCUCGUCCAGAAGGGCACUGAGCUCAGCACCUCUGCCCAGGUAGAGGCUUCUCUCCUCUUUGUAAACCUGAGCUCAAAUCUGCUCGACAUAGACGUGAACAAUGACAACGUGAAUAAAGUUCACGCUGCAGCCAGCAGCAUCGUGGAGGGUGCAAGCAACAUCCUGGACUAUUCUUCCGACAAAAGCAUCUCCGAUGCCCUUCUCCUGUCUCUGAGCAAUACACAGAGUGUACUGUUGGGGUAUAUAGAAACCAACAAAGCGCCAACCAUCAUCAAACAAGCUAACGUUUGUGUGCUUGUAAAUAGAGUGACACCGGGAAGAUUACACACAGAGGCUCUGAAUAUUCCCAACCGUUCCACCGUCACAUUUUCUCUCCCAACACUACUCUCUCGUAUAUUACCUUCAGACGAACCAGUGGAUAUACGAAUGCUGACUUUAGAAAAAAAAGCAUUUUCCUGGCAUGAGAGAGGGGACAUUAGUGGCAAAAUCGGUGCUCUCUCCCUCUCAAGAGAAGAUGGCUCCAAUAUCUCUUUGGAGAACCUGAGCGAGGACAUUGAGAUUCGCAUACCGAGGCCUGAUGGAGAGCGGGUGAAAGCCACUUUUUUGGAUCUGGGGAACUACAGCACGACAGUCAUAAACAUUCCUUCAGGCAACAACACGCUGGUGUUAAAGAUGGUGCCUUCGAAAGAUCCUUUACCCUUCAAACUGUACCUCGGUCACAUGGACUACCCCACUGAAACCAAUCAUGUUGCAAUGACAGAGAUGCCUCACCAGGGAGCAACACAAGAGGAGAGAUAUACUUGGCUACUCAACGCGACGGAUUUAAAGGGAAGCAAUGGAGUGCACUACCUUGUGGUGAGGCCCAUUGUCGGUCCAGGUAUAAAAUCCAUCAAUGCCACAUUAUCAAUAACCUCCUUCACUGCUGCAUGUAAAUUCUGGAAUGAAUCAGUAUUGGAGUGGGAAACUUUUGGAUGCAGGAUCGGUGUUCAGACCACACCUUUAGUCACCCAGUGUCUCUGCAACCACCUCACCUUCUUCGGGGACUCUUUCUUCGUCACUCCCAACCUCGUCGACGCGUCACGCACCGCUGAGCUGUUUGCGACUUUCGGUGAAAACCCUGUGGUGGUCUGCUUUGUAGGGUCCAUCGUUGUGGCCUAUCUCUUGGUGGUUGUGUGGGCGCGACGGAAAGACAUCCAUGACACCGCCAAGGUGAAGGUGACCGUGCUGGACGACAACGACCCGUCAGACGAGUACCGCUACCUGUUGAGUGUCAGCACCGGACAUCGGAGAGGAGCCUCCACUUCCUCCCAGGUGACGAUCACUCUGCUGGGUGCAGAGGGAACCAGUGAACCGCAUCACCUGGCGGCUCCGAAGAAGUGUUUGUUUGAGAGGGGUGCGGUGGAUGUGUUCCUGCUGACGACGCCCUUCUCCCUGGGAGACCUGCAGAGCAUCAGACUGUGGCACAACAACUCAGGGAGCCAUCCUGCCUGGUUUGUUGGCAACGUCAUGGUCCAUGAUCUACACACAGAGCAGAAAUGGCAUUUUCUAUGCAACUCCUGGCUGGCCAUCGACAUCGGCGAUGGUUCCCUCGAUAAGGUCGUUCCUGUUGCCACGGAGACGGACUUGAAGAGGUUCAGUAACUUGUUCUUCAUGAAGACCGCAAAGGACUUCAGCGACGGACACCUCUGGUACUCUGUGGUCAAUCGCCCCCCGAGCAGCACCUUCACUUGUGUCCAGAGGGUUUCCUGCUGCUUUGCACUGCUGCUCUGCACCAUGCUGACCAGCAUCAUGUUCUACGGCAUCCCAACAGACCCCUCGGACCAGACCAUGGACCUGGGUCAAUUUGAGUUUACCUGGCAGCAGUUCAUGGUCGGAGUUCAGAGUUCCCUCAUCAUGUUUCCCAUAAAUAUCCUUAUCGUUACCAUCUUUAGAAACUCGCGUCCUCGAGAGACGUCUUGUUGCAGGCGAAAAGCCAAAAAACAGAAUUCUUUCUCACCGACGACCACCACCACGAAUGUUAAUGUAUCUCUAGAUACCGUCAUUAAGACCAUGAAAAGCAACAUACCGAGCACAGAGUGUGAGUUUGGGCCUGGACAACAAGUCGAUAUCAACGCUGUUCUGUCCGCGGUGGAGGACUUCAUCAAACUCAAUAACAAAACCAUUGACGCAGCCCAGCCCAAAACGCCACCAGAGGGCAGUCCUGGGUCAACAGUGGAGGCGAAUCAAAAGAAGAGCAACAAAAGCCUGUAUCUGUACCAGCAGCUGUGCCACGUGGACAAAGAGCUGAGCCAGCUGGGGCCCUCGGGCUUCCCCAGCCCACAGAGCCACAGCCGGGCCCUGCAACAGAUCCAGACCAUCAAGGGCUGCCUCGAACAACAGCUCUUCAAAGUCGGCUGCGUCAAACCAGAUGAACUCACCCAGAACAAGUGGAGCCCUGCCGACAGCAUCGAUGGGGACGGCGGGCAGAAGAAGAAGGGCUGCUGUCACGGAGGGCUGCCCUGGUGGUUUGUGUUCGUGGGCUGGCUGCUAGUAUUCGCCAGCAGCUUCGUAUCGGGAUAUUAUACGAUGCUUUACGGGCUGAAAUUUGGGAAGGAUCGCUCCGUGAGCUGGUUGGUGUCCAUGAUUAUCUCCUUUUUCCAGAGUGUCCUCGUCCUGCAGCCAUUGAAGAUGUUAUGUCUCGCACUCUUCUUUGCACUUGUGAUAAAGAAAGUCGAUGAGGACGAUUUCCAAAAUAUGGAGUUUGAAAGAAAUCUAGAGACGAAUAACUCUUCACCCACAGGUGACAGUAAGGAGCAACAGACGGUCACACGGGAUCACAGCCUCUACGAGCCUCCUCCUGCUGCAGACAUCGAGGCGAUGAGGAGGAAACAGAUCAUGCAACAGAAAGCCUUUGCCCUCCUCAAAGAGAUAUUGACCUACAUGGGGUUCAUGUGGAUGCUGCUGCUGGUGGCGUACGGCCAGAGAGAUCCCAACGCGUUUUUCCUGAACCGUCACAUCCGGGAUAGUUUCAUUGGCAAGACCUCAACCAGCAAGAGUCUUAAAGAAGUGUUCACCUGGGCCAACACGUCUCUAUUAAGUAACCUUUUUGGAGUUUAUCAAGGAUACAUCACGGAUGGAAACUCCAAGCUCGUGGGCAAAGCUCGUCUUCGUCAACUGAGAGUGCUGAAUGACUCGUGUCAGAUUGCAACCCCUAUGCUCCAGUUUGCACCAGACUGUAACGCUCUAUAUUCGUGGGAGGUGGAGGACAUGGGCUCCUAUGAGACUGGCUGGAACCGCUCUGAGAGGAACAAUACCUCUCCGAGCACAUCCAGCCCGUGGACGUACCAGACACAGUCUCAGCUCAGGGCUUAUCCCAUCUGGGGCAAAAUGGUGCUCUACAGGGGAGGUGGCUACGUAGCGGAGCUCGGCCCGGAUCUACAAGAUGCCAGAAGCACCCUGGAGUCCCUGUUCAGGAAUACCUGGCUGGACGUGUACACAAGGGCGGUCUUUGCCGAGUUCACCGUUUAUAAUGCUAACGUGAACCUCUUCUGCAUCGUCACCCUCUUGCUGGAGACCACGGCUGUAGGAGCUUUUCAGUUCCACAGCGAGCUGCGGAGCGUUCGUCUUUACCAAUCCACCGGUGGGCUCUACAUCUUCGUUAUGGCAGCUGAGAUCACAUACCUGCUUUUCAUCCUCUAUUACAUGUUCCUGCAGGGCAAAUUAAUGCGUCGGCAGCGCUGGGCUUACUUCAGGGGCAAGUGGAACCUCCUUCAGCUGACCAUCAUCAUACUGAGCUGGAGUGCCGUGGGGGUCUUCAUCAAGAGGACCCUGCUCGGGAACCGCGAUAUGACCUACUACCAGAACCACAAGGACCAAUUUGCCAGUUUUUACGAGACGGCCAUAGCGGACUCGGUGCUCCAGUAUCUGAUCGCCUUCUUGGUCCUGCUGGCCACCUUCCAAAUGUGGCACCUGCUCAGACUGAACCCCAAGAUGAACGUGAUCACCGCCGCACUGCAGCGGGCCUGGAACGACAUAGCCUCUUUUCUUGUGGUCAUUGUGAUCAUGUUGGUGGCGUAUUCCGUUGCGUCCAACGUGAUCUAUGGCUGGAAGAUCUCCUCCUACAGAACUUUGAUUGAUGCUCUCCUCACCGUCAUCAGUAUGCAGAUAGGCAUGUUCAACUAUGCGGAGGUCUUGGACGACACCCCCGUGCUCGGCGGGUUGCUGUUCGGUUCCUGCGUCGUGUUGAUGACGUACGUGGUGCUCAAUCUGCUCCUCUCGGUGAUCCUGGUGGCGUUCCACGAGGAGCAAAUACAUCACAAGCCCUCAGAUGAAGAGGAGAUCGUUGACCUGUUGCUGGAGAAUAUCUGCAGUCUUUUUGGGAUCAGAUAUAAAGGCACAAAAGACGCCCGGGGGCCGGAAGUGAACGAGGAGGCGGGCGCCACCCCGACUAGAAGCAGCAAUACGCCUAACAAUGCCUAGAUGAUGGGGAAAAGUCAUCUGAAAACUCAGUAAACUCAGAGGAACAUUGCAUUAUUUAGGGUAUACAUGUUCACAUUUCUUGUUGUUUAUUAUUCUUUGCUACUGACUAAAAUAUGUAAUAAAAUAAAAGGAAAUGUACUGAUGUCUGUAAUGGCCUGUUACAAAAGCUCGACUGAGUCCAGAAACCUGAAAUUAAGUUUGAGGACCACGUUUCAAUAGUUUAUUAUAGCAUUUGCAAAUGUGCUCAGAUUAUACAGUGUGCCUUGCCAAAUUUCUGGGUUUCUUUUUGUAAAAAGAAAAGAAUAUCAGAAAUCAGUGUCAUUGUAAUCCACUUAUAUUUAGCCAGUAGUUAAUAUAUAACAUAAUAUGUUGAACGAAUAAAGCAGGCUUUGUCUAUACAGUUUGGGCUCAUUGCGUUUACACAAACAAGGUUAAAGGACAACUUAUUAAAAUCACAUUUACUACACCAGACCCUUGCCCAAGAACAUUAUGCAAAUUAUAUAAGAUUAUAAUGAAACGUAUAAAAGCAAAUAGAUAAAUAAAACAAAAUACAGUACAAAAAAAAAAAAAAAGGAAUCUGGUUUAGUCCACCAGGGGGAGCCCUCUCUUUCAUAUCAGCGUCUCAUGGAAGCAGCGACAGCAUUUAACCCUUUCUAGACUGGGUGGACAUCGGAGCCCUGAGAUC